UCGGCACAGGCACCGCACCGCACGGCACAGCGAGACAAUAUGCCAGUGUCAAGAAUGCGCAUGAGGCCCUGGUUGGAAAUGCAGAUUAAUUCCAAUCAAAUACCAGGACUGAUAUGGAUUAACAAGGAUAAGAUGAUGUUUCAAAUCCCAUGGAAACAUGCAGCUAAGCAUGGCUGGGACAUGGAGAAAGACGCCUGCCUUUUCCGGAGCUGGGCCAUUCAUACAGGAAGAUAUAAAGUAGGCGAGAAAGACCCUGAUCCGAAAACCUGGAAGGCAAACUUCCGCUGUGCUAUGAAUUCACUGCCUGACAUCGAAGAAGUGAAGGACAAAAGCAUCAACAAAGGCUCCAGUGCUGUCAGGGUUUACAGGAUGCUGCCUCCCCUGACAAAGGAUCAGAAGAAAGAAAGGAAGUCAAAGUCUUCAAGAGAGGCAAGAAACAGGAGCAAGAGAAAGUCGUAUGAAGACACGAGGACGGAGGAGUCGGCAGAAAGACUAACCAACACUCCUCUGCCAGAUGACCACAGCGGCUACACCGUUCAUGACUACGCGGGGCAGGAAGUGGAGGUUGAGAGCUCGUCCAUCACCUUAGACCUCUCGCCGUGCGAGGUGAGCGGCUCGCUGACUGACUGGAGGCCGCCGAUGGAAAUCACCAUGGCUGACAGCACCAACGACCUCUACCAGCUCCAGGUGUCUCCCCUGGCUUCGUCCUCGGAAGUCACGGACGAAGAUGAAGAGGAAAUAAAUUCGGAGAUUUUUAAGCUGCUUGAACCAGCCCAAGAUUGGCACACCACCAGCGUUGGGGGGAAAGGCUUUCUCACCAACGAGCCGGGCACACAGAGCAUAUGCAGCACUUACAGCUACAAGGAGCAGGAUGGGGAGAUCGACACAACUUCAGGAGAGCUGGAGUUCAGGUUCUUAGACCAGAAAAGCAGUCUAGACUUCUCCUGGCUGGAGACAGUGAGACCUACCAUGCAAGUCAUUCCCUGUGGCUUGUAAAGCCCUGGCUUCCUCUGACCACAAACUGCUCUUGAGUAGAAACUUUGGCAAGCCUGAAGAAAAUGGAAGAAGUUGUUUGUUACUGACUGAACAAAGACCGUAGCUUUUAUAUUCCGUUUAACUUUUAGGACUGAAAAGGUUAGCAAGAAAAACUCCAUUAUAA